UGCAGCCGGUUCGCCUUUUCCCGGCGGAAAUGCCCGGGCGAUGACGGAAACCCUGAGGGAGGGGAGGCCGAGGACUGGGGAGCAGGGCUGAGAGGGCCGAGAGGAGCCCGCGGGCAGAGGGCGGCUGCGGCUGCGGCUGCUGCGGCGGCGGCGGCUGGACUCGGCCCGGCCGGAGCUGCGUCUGAAGCCCCGCGCCCCGCUGCCGCGUCCUUCCCGGAGCCCUUGUCCGUGUUCGGGCGCGCGAGGCCCAUCGCGCGUGGGCGGGGGUGUCCCCGAGGCCGCGCGCCUGAGCCGCGCUCGGGGCUUGGGCGGGGCGCGGAGGCCUCCCUCGCGGGUCCCCAGCUCUCGCGCCGGGAGCUGGAAGCGGCGGCGGCUGCGGAGAGCGCGGCCUCGGGGCGGGGGUGGGGGCGGGGAGGGGGGCGGCGGCGGCGGCGGCGGCGGCGAGGGGAAGACCGCGGACAGCCAUGGACGACAAGGUGUUCAGCAAGGAGCUGGACCAGUGGGUCGAGCAGCUGAACGAGUGUAAACAGCUGAACGAGAACCAAGUGCGGACGCUGUGCGAGAAGGCUAAGGAAAUUUUAACUAAGGAAUCAAAUGUGCAAGAAGUUCGUUGUCCUGUUACUGUCUGUGGAGAUGUACAUGGUCAAUUCCAUGAUCUUAUGGAACUCUUUCGAAUUGGUGGGAAAUCACCAGAUACAAACUAUCUAUUCAUGGGAGAUUAUGUAGACAGAGGUUAUUACUCAGUGGAGACUGUGACUCUUCUUGUGGCAUUAAAGGUGCGUUAUCCAGAACGAAUUACAAUAUUGAGAGGAAACCAUGAAAGUCGACAAAUCACCCAAGUAUAUGGCUUUUAUGAUGAAUGUCUACGAAAGUAUGGAAAUGCCAACGUUUGGAAGUAUUUUACAGAUCUAUUUGAUUAUCUUCCACUUACAGCUUUAGUAGAUGGACAGAUAUUCUGCCUCCAUGGUGGCCUUUCUCCAUCCAUAGACACACUGGAUCACAUAAGAGCCCUGGAUCGUUUACAAGAAGUUCCACAUGAGGGUCCAAUGUGUGAUCUUCUAUGGUCAGAUCCAGAUGAUCGUGGAGGGUGGGGUAUCUCUCCACGUGGUGCUGGCUAUACAUUUGGACAAGACAUUUCUGAAACAUUUAACCAUGCCAAUGGUCUCACACUGGUUUCCCGAGCUCAUCAGCUUGUAAUGGAGGGAUACAAUUGGUGUCACGAUCGGAACGUAGUGACCAUUUUCAGUGCACCUAAUUACUGUUACCGUUGUGGGAACCAGGCUGCUAUCAUGGAAUUAGAUGACACUUUAAAAUAUUCCUUCCUGCAGUUUGACCCAGCACCUCGUCGUGGAGAACCUCAUGUUACCCGACGUACCCCAGAUUACUUCCUGUAAAUUUCUUUUGGGAAAACCUACCUUUGUAUGUGGAAGUAUACUGGACACACACACACACACGCAAAAAUUAACUGUGUUUCUAUAACAACUUGAGAUCGGUCUUGGCAUUAAGUCACAUUCUGGACCAAAAUGUGCCAUACUAAUGAAUAUUUAGCACAAUUUGAGACUGAAAUUAGUACAACGCUAUGUUCUAGACGGGUCAGUCUCAACAGUAUGCCUGCUGUAUUUGUAGUAACUGUUUCCCUCUGGACUACUCAAGCCAAAAAAAAAGAAAAAGAAA